GGGGCAUUAACACAAUCCCCUCACCGAGUCCUGCCACUUCAAUCUGCGGCUUCCAUGUGUACGGAUGUGAGGAGAAGCAAUGUAGUGAACGGUGUAAACAGAACAUUUAAUCAGAAAUGAUCAAACACGUUUUCCUAACAGGACCUCCGGGUGUGGGGAAGACCACCCUGGUCCAGAAGGCCUGUGACAUCAUCGUGUCUUCAGGUGUGUCUGUGGAGGGCUUCUACACCCAGGAGGUCAGGGAGGGGGGGCGCAGGGUCGGUUUCGACGUUGUCACUGUGACCGGACAGCGGGGGCACUUGUCCAGAGUCAGAGAGAAGUCUGUAGCUUCACAUGGAGGGAAGCAGUACACUGUCGGACAGUAUGUAGUGGAUGUACCUUCGUUUGAGAACCUGGCUCUACCUCUCUUCAGAAACCUUGAGUCUUCAUGCAGUAGCAACAGUCAGCUGUUUAUCAUAGAUGAGGUUGGUAAAAUGGAGCUGUUCAGCCAGCCAUUCAUCAGGUCUGUCAGACAGACCCUGGACUCUCCAGUCUUCUCAGUGCUGGGGACUAUACCCCUCCCUUCAGGAAAACCACUGGGUUUAGUGGAGGAGAUACGGACCAGGACGGACGUCACAGUCUUCACUGUCACCAAGGAGAACAGAGAUGUUAUAUUACAAGAGGUUGUGUCAGCGCUACAGGACUGUUUAAGGAAAGUGCCUAAGUAGGUGGAAGUUAUCCAAGAUCAGUGGAACAACAUGGAGGGUCUUAAAGCACAGCAGCACUCUGAACUAGACCGACCCCUGAUGAAACUAGACCGACCCCUGAUGAAACUAGACCGACCCCUGAUGAAACUAGACCGACCCCUGAUGAAACUAGACCCACCCCUGAUGAAACUAGACCCGACCCCUGAUGAAACUAGACCG